AUGACUCUCGGGCGCAGCCAGGACUCCCGGGGGGAGGGAGGGGCCUGCUGUCCAGCCCUGACCCUGGAUGUCCAAACCCUGUGAAGACAGAGGAGGAGGAAGCCAUAAGAGACCUCGCUGCCGUCCAAGGCCCCCAGCCGGGCAGGCAGAGCCCUCCCCAUGGCUGAGCUCCUGCCCCUGCUGCCUUGGGCACCCCCACUGACCCAGGACGGUGCCCAGGACUCACCUGUACCCCCAGCCAAGUGGCAGAGCCAGCAGCCACAAGGUGGCAGUGCCGAGGGCCUGGCCCCUGAGGCCUGGAGACUCCUGGGAGUGCCCUCCAUUCAGAUAACGCCAUGUAGUGAUGGGGAGUCACCCCCCGGAAGCCCGACCCCCGGGCGCCUGCAGCUGCUGAGGACCCCAGACCUGGAGAGCCUGCCCCAGGACAGCACCACGCCCCACUCUGGCCGGAGCACGCCGAGCAGCUCCCCAUCUCUCCGCAAGCGGCUGCAGCUCUUGCCCACAAGCCGAGCCCCGCUGGAGCCAGAACCGGGCACCAUGGUGGAGAAGGGGUCAGACAGCUCCUCGGAGAAGGGCGGGGUGCCUGGGACACCCAGCACCCAGAGCCUCGGCAGCCGGAACUUCAUCCGCAACAGCAAGAAGAUGCAGAGCUGGUACAGUAUGCUGAGCCCCACCUACAAGCAGCGGAACGAGGACUUCCGGAAGCUGUUCAGCAAGCUCCCUGAAGCCGAGCGCCUCAUCGUGGAUUACUCCUGUGCCUUGCAGCGUGACAUCCUCCUCCAGGGCCGCCUCUAUCUCUCCGAGAACUGGAUCUGUUUCUACAGCAACAUCUUCCGCUGGGAGACGACGAUUUCCAUCCAGCUGAAGGAAGUGACGUGUCUGAAGAAGGAGAAGACGGCCAAGCUGAUCCCCAACGCCAUCCAGAUCUGCACCGAGAGCGAGAAGCAUUUCUUCACCUCCUUCGGGGCCCGGGACCGCUGCUUCCUCCUCAUCUUCCGCCUCUGGCAGAAUGCACUACUUGAAAAGACGCUGAGUCCCCGCGAGCUCUGGCACCUGGUGCACCAGUGUUACGGCUCAGAGCUGGGCCUCACCAGCGAGGACGAGGACUAUGUCUGCCCCUUGCAGCUGAACGGUCUGGGGACCCCCAAGGACGUGGGAGAUGUGAUCGCCCUGAGUGACAUCACCCCCUCGGGGGCAGCGGACCACAGCCAGGAGGCGAGCCCCGUGGGUUCACGCCGUGGCCGCCUCACCCCCAACCUUUCCCGGGCCAGCAGCGAUGCGGACCACGGGGUCGAGGAGGACAAGGAGGAGCAGACAGACAGCCAGCCAGACGCCUCCUCCAGCCAGACAGUGACCCCGGUGGCUGAACCCCUGAGCGCGGAGCCCACCCCGCCUGACGGGCCCACCGCCCUGGGCCCUUUGGACCUGCUGCCCAGUGACGAGCUGCUGACAGACACGAGUAACUCCUCCUCGUCCACGGGGGAGGAAGCGGACCUGGCCGCCCUGCUCCCCGACCUCUCCGGCCGCCUCCUCAUCAACGCCGUCUUCCACGUGGGCGCCGAGCGGCUGCAGCAGAUGCUCUUCUCAGACUCGCCCUUCCUGCAGGCCUUCCUGCAGCAGUGCAAGUUCACAGACGUGACCUUGAGCCCCUGGAGCGGGGACAGCAAGUGCCACCAGCGCCGGGUACUCACCUACACCAUCCCCAUCAGCAACCCGCUGGGUCCCAAGAGCGCCUCGGUGGUGGAGACACAGACGCUGUUCCGGCGCGGCCCGCAGGCGGGCGGCUGCGUGGUUGACUCGGAGGUGCUGACGCAGGGCAUCCCGUACCAGGACUACUUCUACACGGCCCACCGCUACUGCAUCCUGGGCCUGGCCCGGAACAAGGCCCGCCUCCGAGUGUCCUCCGAGAUCCGCUACCGGAAGCAGCCCUGGAGCCUCGUGAAAUCUCUCAUCGAGAAGAACUCAUGGAGCGGCAUUGAAGAGUACUUCCGCCACCUGGAGCGUGAGCUCGCCAAGGCCGAGAAGCUGGCCCUGGAGGAAGGCGGGAAGGAUGCCCGGGGCCUGCUGUCAGGCCUGCGGCGGCGCAAGCGGCCCCUGAGCUGGAGGGGCCACGGCGACGGACCCCAGCACCCGGACCCGGACCCCUGCGCUCGCGCUGGCAUGCACACCUCAGGCUCCCUCAGCUCCCGCUUCUCGGAACCGUCCGUGGACCAGGGCCCCGGGGCAGGCAUCCCCAACGCCCUGGUUCUCAUCAGCGUUGUGAUCUGUGUGAGCCUGAUCGUCCUCAUCGCCCUCAAUGUCCUCCUCUUUUACCGCCUCUGGUCCCUGGAGAGGACGGCCCACACCUUCGAGACCUGGCACAGCUUGGCCCUGGCCAAGGGCAAGUUCCCCCAGACAGCCACAGAGUGGGCGGAGAUCCUGGCCCUGCAGAAGCAGUUCCACAGCGUUGAGGUGCACAAGUGGAGACAGAUCCUGCGGGCUUCCGUGGAGCUCCUGGACGAGAUGAAGUUCUCGCUGGAGAAGCUGCAUCAAGGCAUUGCCGUCCCAGAGCCUCCUUUCGACUCCCAGCCACAGCCCGACGACAGCUUCUCCUGAGGAUGCCGGACACGCAGCCAUUCACCCAAAGGGACAGAUGGACAUAGAGCCUCGGUAGCCACUGCUGGCACGGUGUGAGCGCCGGGAGCCUUCCGCCCACCCCUCCCGUGGCCUGACCAGGGGCCACGCAGACACGGGGACCACAGACACAGAAGAUGCACUUUAGACCAGCGUGUGCGAGUCCAGCUGCCAUCGCCUGCCCUCCAGGGAGCUGGCCUGGCCUUUGGCAGGCCCCCCGCUAACUUAUUUUGCCCGGCUGGGGUUGUGGGGGGCGCCUCCUGGGGUGCACGGUUCCCUCAGCUCUGGGUUUAAUGUAUUAUAUUUAUUUGGGGCUGACAGAGCCCCAAUAAAGGGUUGGAAAUGGCUGUGGCUAUGCCUGCGGGGCCCUGGGAGCGAGAGGGGGGGGAUCUGUCCAUUUUCUGGGGCCAUGGUCACUGGUGUGACCUGGAAUUCCCCAGCAUCUUUCAUAAGCUUUGCAUCAUCAGGGUCCAAUGCAGGAGCUCCGAGGACAGACUCUGGUGCCCGGUGGCCUGGGUUCAAAUCCACGCCUGGUACUUAGCAGGCGCAUAACCCGCAGCAGGUCAACCUCUCUGAGCUUCACUUUCCUCUUCUGUACAAUGGGCGUAAAAAUAACCCCUGUCUCGCAGGGGCGUUAGAAAUGAGUCUUCUCACACUUGAGCUGAAUCACGAGCCUGUAGGGCUUAUUAAAAAGCAGAGGCAGAGCCCCCGACCCCCCGAGUGUCUGACUCAGCAGGAGGGGGUGGUCUGGGAUCCUGCACUUCCAACAAGGGUCCAGCUGAUGCUGAUGCUGAUGGUCCAGAGACCAUCACUUUAAGAACCACUUGGAGGGUUCAAGGAGUUAAUAAACGUGGCUACUUAACAGGC